UGUUAUUUCUUAUCACGUUUCCGUCCUCAUACCUCAAUUUAUUAAUUUGAAUACAAAUUUCUAUUUACAUAAUAAUAUACAGUAGUCAGUAUAUAUUCAAUGUAGAUCACAUGUAAAAAAUGAUGUAGGUGUACACGUUUUAGGGUGACAAUAGAGUCGAAAAUUUUUACCAAAUUUCCAUGGCGGAAGAGGAGGAAUCAUAUCCACUGCACGAAUGUGUGUUCUCUGGCGAUGUCAAAGAAUUUGCCAGAAUGUUGAGAAUCGAAGAUUUAGCAAAAAAAGAUAAACACGGUAAUACGGCGCUGCAUCUAGCUAUCAUGCUUGGUCGCAAAGAUAUAGUGCAGUUACUGCUUGCUCACAACGCUCCAGUCAAAGUAAAAAAUUUAAGUGGUUGGACUCCUUUAGCAGAAGCUGUCAGUUAUGGGGACCGUAUAACUAUCACAUCAUUGCUAAAGAAAAUGAAACAUCAAGCAAGAGAACAGAUUGAAGAUAGACGACCAAACUUGGUAUCUGCACUAAAACAAGUUGGUGAUUUUUAUAUGGAAAUCAAAUGGGAUUUUCAAAGUUGGGUGCCAUUGGUGUCUCGAGUAUUACCAUCAGAUCUAUGUCAGAUUCAUAAAAAAGGAACAUCAUUUAGACUAGAUACCACACUAGUUGAUUUUGCAAUGAACGACAUGAAAUGGGAACGGGGAGAAAUAACUUUUUUAUUUGAUGGUGACGCAAAACCAUCACAGUCUCUUACAGUAAUGGACAAUAAAGCUGGUGUCUAUCAAAAAGUUCGAUAUUUAGAAACUGAAAUGGAAAUUGAAGAUGAAGUCGAUCUUAUGAUGAGCAAUGAUAUAAUGACAGCUCAAAUGUCAACCAAAUCCAUUACAUUUUCCAGAGCGCAAUCUGGAUGGAUUUUCCGACAAGACAAAAAAGAAACCAUCGGAGAUUUUAGUGCCGAUUUUUAUCACGUGAAUGGCUUAACAUUAGAAUCAAAAAAACGAAGAGAACAUUUGUCAGAAGAAGACUUACAAAAGAACAAAGCGAUUCUAGAAAGUCUUACAAAAGGCGGAUGUUCUAUGAAUAUUGAUUGCAAUGGAGAGCCCGUAAGACGAGAAUCGUUACCUUCUCCAAAACAGUCUCCUUAUACAUGGGAAGAAUAUUUAACGUCUUCAGCUGGGCAGCCUCCUAACUUGGCCAGAGAAAUGGUUUGUAAAAAUUCAUCAAAGGGAUUCAAAGCAACAGUCGCAAUGAGCAUGGAUUUUCCUUUAUCCGUAGACAUGUUAAUGGAUGUUCUCGAAGUUAUUGCUCCUUUUAAACAUUUUGCAAAGCUACGUGAUUUUGUCAAUUUGAGGUUACCGCCAGGAUUUCCAGUCAAACUUGAUAUUCCUAUACUGCCUACGGUGUCGGCAAAGAUCACAUUCCAAGCUUUUGAGUUUCGUAAUGAUAUUGAUCCCGAACUCUUUGAAGUGCCAUCAAAUUAUGUUGAGGAUCCAUCCAGGUUUCCAGAUUUAUGACGGCCCGGUGACAAAUCAUUGACUCAACUCACUUGGCAUCCUGUGAUUGAUGUGUGUUGUUACAUGCAUACCAAUAACUAGAUGGUGCGCUAUUUCUUUGGGUCCUUUGGUCGUCUAUUGAAAACGCCUAAAACAGAUGCUAGAAAUUACCAUGUUCUUUUUAUUUUUUUCAUUUUUACUUCUUACGAUUUCUUUCAUGCCAUUUUGAUUGAUUUUACUAAUUUAUUUCUUGCACAAAGUAUUUAUGAAUUUCAAUUUUUUAUGUUUAAAAUAUUGAAAUUGUUCAAUUGAUCCAUCCUGGAAUUCUAAGCUAUUUUACACGUAUUAUAUAAUUGUUAUUGCUAAUACUGUAUUUUUGUAUUACUUGAUGCAUUUCCCCCAAGUUUGUUAGUAUUAAUUUCUUCUUUAAAAAGUAUUAUUUCUGUACACUAAACCAAUUUUACAGUAUUUCUUUUUUAAAUAUUAUUUAAAUUAUGAUGUAAUUUUAAAAAUGUGUUACUGCUAACUCUUAAAAUUUUAUUUUGUUCUCACAAUUGUUUUUGGUAUCAUACACAAAGUUGAUU